AUGGUGUGGCCGGCAGCAAGGCUCGUCCUCGCCCUCGUCACUUUGCUCACGCUUUGGAGCACCGCCGUUGCCGUUGCAUCGCCGCUAGCGGUGGCGUCGGCGGCCCCGGUGCGGGUCGGCGUGGUGCUGGACCUGACGAGCGUGGGGAGGGAGAGGCGCGCCUGCAUUUCCAUGGCGUUGGACGACUUCCACGCCGCUCACGCCGGCUACGGCGCCGCGCUGAUCCAGCUGCUCGUACGAGACUCGCGCGGUGAUCUCACCACGGCCGCACAUGCUGCCGAGGACCUGAUCAAGAAUGGGCAAGUGCAAGCCAUCAUAUGGGGCCCUGCGACACUAACCAAAGCAGAUCAUGUCACGCACCUGGGCCGUCGCCGCAACCAAGUCCCGGUUCUUUCCUUCCCCAGCAUUUCUCCAACAUCGUGUGCCUUCUGGCUGGAAGAUUCCGUAACAGUUCCUGGGGGCUAUGCAAAGUUUGGCUUUACACUUGGAAAUGACAGUAUAACCUUUCCUAAUUCACAAACCGAUAGAAGAUACAGAAGAAAACUAGGUACAAAAGAAUCAAGCAAGGGUUGCGGAGGUAAGAGGCUGAAGAUUGCCGUGCCGCACAAACCAGGUUUUCAAGUUUUUGUGGAUGUUACUGAUCCUAAUUCCAAGAAACAACAUGUCACUGGCUACAGCAUUGAUAUCUUUGAGGCUGCUAUGAAGAAUUUACAUUCUCGCCCGUGCUAUAAAUAUGUUGCCUUCGGCGGUACUUAUGAUGAGCUAGUGGGCAACGUGUCUUCGGGGGUGUAUGAUGGAGCAGUAGGCGAUGUGACUAUAACGGCGGAACGAGUCAAUACCACCGACUUUACAAUGCCAUACACACAGUCUGGUGUGUCUAUGCUUGUGCGUGCCACGGAUGAACCGGAUGCAGUCAUUAGUUGGAAAUUUGUAAAGCCACUAAGUAGGAAGCUUUGGUUUGCAAUCAUGGCCUUUUUCUUCUAUACUGGCUUUGUCGUGUGGGUGAUUGAACUACCCAGAAACCAGGAGUACCAAGGAUCAAGGUUGAGACAGUGUAGCACUACCCUCUACUUCAUUUUCUCCACUUUGACAUUUUCUCAUGGUCAUGCUAUUAGAAGCAACUUGUCAAAAAUUGUUGUGGUGGUAUGGUGCUUUGCAGUGCUGGUUCUUAGCCAGAGCUAUGCAGCAAGUCUGUCAUCCAUUCUGACUACAAAGAGCCUUCGCCCGUUCCUGUAUUUUGGGAGCGGUGACUUUGUAGGAUACCAAGAUGGUUCAUUUGUGCGGUCCCUCUUGCUGAAUCAUUCCUUCAGUGAAAACAGGUUAAUGAGCUACAGGACGAAAGAAGAAUAUGCUGAUGCUUUGUGGAAGGGAUCCAAGAAUGGAGGGGUGUCGGCUAUUGUUGAUGAGAUCCCCUAUUUAACCUCUUUCCUCUCUGAUGGUCGGUAUGAAAAUGAUUUUAUGAUGCUUGGAUCCAUAUACGAGACUCCUGGAUUUGGUUUUGCGUUCCCUCUAGGUUCUUCGCUAGUGCAUAAGCUUUCAAUUGCCAUCCUGGACCUAGAAGCAGGGGGUGAGGGCUCACGGAUCAAAAGGAACUGGUUUGGCACAGACUCCGUGCCUCUCACUUUCGAAAGUUUCUCUAGUUUGAUGGAUGCUAAUAAGGUCCCUAACACGGAAUCCAAGCCUCUCACUGUCCAAAGUUUCUCUGGUCUCUUCGUCAUCACGGGAUCCAUUUCAACGCUCAUGUUGCUGAUAAGCAUUAUGAGGUUGAUUCAAGCCAAAUGCACUGAGUUGAGAAAGGCUGAUGUGGAAAGUGUCAUCUACAGUGCCACCGACGAUGAGUCCCGUCUGUUGCAGAAUGGCAUAGGUGACAACCCCAGCCCUGGUCUACAACCCUUCCAUGUAGAUGGCAUUGAAAAUUCCGGGGGUGUCCAUUUAAGGGGCGAGAAUAUUGGGGACGUGGAGCCUGACCCAGUGCAGCAGAAUGACAUGCAUGGUGGCUCUGUCCCUGCAGGACACAUUCAGAUUGAGAUGCGCAAUGUCUAAGGUGAAGGGAAGCGCCACAUGCUCAUAGGUACUUCUUUCGUCAUUGAAGCGAUGCGGCAUUCCAAACCUUCGACUAGAUAGAAGUAGUAAAAUAAAAAUCUCUCUUUCCUACUCAUUUGGAAAAAAGAGAUAGGUGUCCAGUAAGCCUAUUAUCUUCAGACUGAUACUUAUGUUGUUUUUCAAGUACUACUGAUGUACCUAGAACUUCUCUAAUUCUAUUUGUAAAUAGAUGGUGAUUUAGAUAGGUACAGUCUUCAACAUUUGUAAAUAAGAUGUAUUGUUUGCACUACAGCCGGCGCGUGUUCGAACCUUGGUUCCGACGUGUGUCUCACACUUCCCUCUCUUAAUUAAAAAGACGAAGGGGCUCCUCCCCCUACUGGUCUACUUUUUUUA